CGGCAACUCGGUAAUGACAAAGUCGAUGGUUGUGUAAGAACGUCAAUUGAGCGAUAUCCAGUCCUUUGAUACCGAAGAGAGCUCCGCGGCAUGCAAUCCCUUCGGGACCAGGUGGUGCUUGACACAGUCUCUGUUGCUCUCCGCUCCCCAUCGAUUGUUUUAGUCUACAGAUGGGUCCGAGAUCUGCAGGACGUAUGGCUGGCUCCGCGGGACCGGUGUCGUCGUCUCUAGUCCUCGGUGGGGUUUCGUCCGUGAGACGGCGGGAAGUUGAUGUAAACAACCUUGAGUGAAUUCGUUAUUACGAAAAGUGUAGGUACGAUGCUUGACUCAAAAGUUUUCUCGUGAUGGUAACAAUUAAAGAUUUAUCCUCGUGUUAAUAAUGGUAAAGAGGAAAAUGCUACGUAUACAGAUAAACGUAAUAAAGACUAUGCACGUAUCUGCAUCGUUUAUAUGAAGAGGAACUUUUGCGGAUGGGCGGCAGAUAAAGGAGGAGUGGGUUUGGCGAUUCAUCAGUGACCAUGGCGCGCCUCAGAGGGAGGUCGAAAAAGUUCUACAUCGUCUUGGUGUCUUGUACCAGCGUGUUUUUCAUCUGGUUUUCCUUGAGAUCAGACUCCCACAGUUACCGGAGGUUUAGAGAAUACGAAAUAGGUGACUACGAAGAUGGCAGGGAUACAAAAUACACGCUCAAAACAGAUGGUUGUGACAUCUUGGAAUUUCUGGCGUCGCACCCAGUCAUCGUUAAACACUCGAACAAUAAUUUUGAAAAGCUGGUGUGUUCCAGUAAGCUGCCUUUGACAGAGGCAUCAGGCUUGUCGCUCUUGCUUCACGGUGACAGACUAAAAGCUUAUGGGUCAUCAAAGAAAACCGUCAGGUGUUAUUACCAGGGGAUUUCCAGGGUUGAGGAGAAUCCAAGUAAUUACAGCAUGGACUGCGACAGGAAAUGGACCCUAACAGAAAGGGUUUCCAUAAAGAAUAAGAUCACUUCUAUAAAAGAAGAUGGAGUCCUAGUCACGUGCAAUGAUGCUGGAACUCCCUUUUAUGAAAACGUCCAUUAUUUUAUUCAACCUUUAAGGGCUCAGGAGAAGAGACAAAAAUUUAAGGCGGCAUUUGGCGAGAGACACGACCAACCUGACAGGCUGAGCGUCUUGUUCAUGGGGACAGAUUCAGUCUCAAGGGGCAGCCUCCAGCGCCUCAUGCCCAAGACAUACAGGUACCUGACCAGAAACCUUAACGCCAUAGACCUGAAGGGUUUCAAUAAAGUUGCGGAUAACACGCACCCAAACCUACUGGCUAUACUGAUGGGCCUUACCAAGCAAGAGUUGCAAAAGCAUAAGUGUCAGUCAGAGAGAGCAAAAUCCAAAUUCGACGACUGUCCCUUCAUCUGGAAGCAGUUCUCUGAUAAGGGGUAUGUUACCGUCUACGGAGAGGACCUCCCCGAAAUGUGGGCCUUCCACCAUGACAGUCCCGGUUUCGUUCAGGAACCGACUAACUACUACCUCCGGCCAUACAUGCAGGUGGCAGACGAAUUCGUGGGGCACAACGGUGGUUCUACAACCCUCGAGAGAAAUGUGUGCCUAGGGCCUCAGAUGACGAUGUCAGUGAUGCACGACUAUUCGCUGAACGUUGCUCGGACGUUGAAAGACAUCCCUUAUUUCGGCUUCUACUGGAUAACGUCUUUGACGCACGACCUCCUGAACGCGGCGACACUGGCAGAUGAGCCAUCGUUAGAUUUCAUCAAAAAGUUGCACAGUGGAGGGUACUUGGAGCACACUGUUCUCUUCUUCAUCAGCGAUCACGGUCUCCGCUUCGGUGACUUCAGGUCAACGUAUGCUGGGAUGCUGGAAGAGAGACUGCCAUACGUCACCAUAGUCUUCCCAGAGUGGUUCAAGAGGAAGUACGCGAGGUCCGUGAGGAAUGUCCAGAUGAAUGCUCUGAGGCUGACUGGUACCUUUGACCUUUACGCAACUCUUCAGGACAUUGCUGACAAGGCAUAUGAACAUCCACACAACAGAAGGGAGACGCCACACGGGCAAAGUUUAUUCACGGAGAUAUCCGAGUACCGGACAUGCGAAGACGCCGACAUUCCAGAACAUUUCUGCUCGUGUGAGCAGUCGAAGGAAGUAGAACCCGACGAUUACCACGUCCUCACGGCCGCAGAAUCAAGCAUCAGCGAAAUAAAUCGAGGCCUGGCGGCUUUUCCAGACUGUGUCACGUUAAGCUUAGAAAAGGUCCUGAACGGCAGGGUUUGGUCAGCUAAGAACAGCACCUCGUUCGGGAAUCAAGGAACAGAUGUGACGUCAUACUCAGUCGUUUUCGUCACUAAACCAGGUGGCGCCAUGAUGGAAGCCACUUUGAAACACUACAACGGACAAUACAAACUCACUUCGGACGUAUCUCGUAUCAACAAAUUCGGUAACCAGAGUCACUGCAUCACUCACCCGCAAUACAGAGCAUAUUGUUACUGUAAGGAUUUGCUGUCCUAGCGAAACCAGCUACAAAUAUGACUGGAAAAUUACAGCUGGCCUGCAAAAUAGUUUUUUUUUCUGUCGUCUGUGCUCUACUUUUGAUCAUGGAAGGUCAUCAGAGGUUACAGGAUUUCAAAACGUUCCUUGGAACAUUUUGGUUACAGGUCUGUGGUGGGAGAUGUUAAGAAAGGUGUCUCAAUUUGGGUUUAUGUGGAAACCCGCCUGAAGUAUUUUCAUCUGUGAUGUUGAAAUGCCUCUGAGGACAUGAUUACUACUAAGUAAAGCAAAUACUAUUUUGUAUAAUGUUGUUGUGCAAUAGCUGACAUCAAAUGUAUGAUGUGAAAUACGAGUUCUUUUUUCAGAUUGUAUUAGACCAGUGGUGUGCUGCACAAAAUAAAAUUAAGUUAGAUUUUCUGCACAUAUUGAAUGUGGAGAGAAUUACGUGUGGACAUUGAUAUAAGCAAGAUGGUUUGUCUUUCACUUCCAUAACAAAAAGUGAGUGUAUUUCCAUUCUACUUUUGCCAAAGCGAAAUAUAUGAACAAAGUAAAACAUGA